AUGAAGCUAUGCUUUGUAACUGUGGGGGCCACGGCUUCCUUUCAUAAGCUACUUGAACAAAUACUUAGUUCACAGUUUCUUGAGACUCUAGCCAAACGUGGCUACACCCAUCUUCUUAUUCAGUACGGCAAAGAUGGUCAACAAGUUUUCCAAGACUUCAUCGAUAAUGGUCAGCCCCAUCACGGUCUCAUACUUGGGGGAUUCGAUUUCCAGCCAAGUAUUGAUGCCCAAAUGAUGAUGACCGUGGAAAGAGAGUCCCUUAAUCAAGAGCGCGGCUUGAUCAUAUGUCAUGCCGGAAGUGGGACUGUUCUGGCAGGACUUCGCUUGGGUGUACCCUUGAUUGUGGUCCCCAAUCCGGAUCUUGCCGAUAAUCACCAGCAGGAACUGGCCGAUGAGCUAGAGGAAGGGAACUAUGUAAUUAGUAGUUCGGUCAAGUAA